AUGAACAAAACAAAUAAGGUCCUGCAAUCAAAGGACGUGAACAUCCUUGUUGCCACGAAUCUUCCUGAGUCUAUGAAAAGCUACCUUCAGGAAACUAGAGACAAAUUUAGUGUAUGUGAAUUCAAAGCCAGGAGUAUGUGUCCAGAUACAGAUUACAGUGAUGGAAAAAAACGAGAACGAAAACGAAGUGUUCGUCUUAGUAGAUAUGAUGGAUCAGCAGAAGAAGUACCUAACACUGAACCCGAAAAAUUCAAAUUGGAAACUUUCCUCCCUAUUCUGGACACUCUAAUCUUUGAACUGACAAAACCUGUAAAGGCUUAUUCACAGAUUGGAAAUCUGUUUUCUUUCUUCAGUGAUUUGAAAACUACUGCUUCUGAUGCACAAAAGAAGAAGUGGGACCAUCUGGCUAAUAUGUAUCACAAAGACCUGAAUUAUGAUGACCUUUUAAAUGAAUAUGAGCAUCUCAAGCACAACAUGGUUCUUGAUGGAAAUUGUGAUACUCUCCCUGCACUGUACAGAAAAUUAAUUUUGGACAGUUUGAGAUCUGUAUUCUUGAAUGUUGAAAAUGCACUCAGAGAGUUCAUGUGCAUGAUGGUGAUCGACUGUACAGGAGAACGUUCUUUUUCAAGAAUAAAAUUAUAA